AUUAAAUCUUUUGAUAAAGAUGUUUAUUAGUUUGGUUAAAAAGGUAGCAGGUUUUAACACGACAAAAAUGAUUAUUAUAAUCCGCACAGAUUUACAAAUGGGACGUGGCAAAAUUGCAUCGCAAGCUGCUCAUGCCGCUGUACUGUUAUAUCAAUCUUCAAUAGAAAACAGUAAUCCAUGCUUACAGACAUGGUUGAGGUGUGGACAGCCAAAAGUAGUUCUUAAAAUUGAUACAAAUUGUGACAGUGCACUAUUAAAUAUAUACGAAGAAGCUCUAGCCAGUCAUCUAAAUGUUUGUAGAGUGCAUGACGCUGGGAAAACUCAAGUGGUAGAAGGAACAUUAACGGCAGUAGGAAUAGGGCCAAAUAAAGUGGAAGAAAUAGACAAAAUAACGAGUGAUCUUAAAUUGUUAUAGUUUUUAUUUGUGUUAUAUAAGAAUAUUUCUAUUUGUUAACAUUAAAAAUCUCUGAAAUCGA